AUGGCUGCUUCCACUUCUGGUUCCGGACUUGAGAAGCGCUCAAGAAAAUCUCACACGACUACGAACAAACACGGCACAAACAGUCAUGAAGGUACUGGAAAGACUCCAGGGGCCCGAAGAUCAAAUAAAAAGAGCGAAAGGGAACAUGGCGCCUCAUCGGUUGAACACUCCAUCGGUUCCUGCCAAGCAGACGAUGAAGAUGAGCUUGGGUCCGAUCAUCCAGCCCGCACUGAGGCACAACCAAACAACUUAAACGAUGAGCGUAGAAAGAGACAGCACCAUAGGGAUCAUGAAGAGAAUGCGUCUCGCAUCUAUUCUUGGCUCCAGGACGCUACCAAAUCUGCAGAUGCGGAACAUGAUCUAGAAGGCACUUCGUUCAAUAAUGUGGCCAACCCACCAGAAGAGAUCCCCGAAGGUGUACCUGUUCCCCCCUCAUACAUUCAACACGAAACGACCAACUCGACUACACCACAUGAUUCCAGUUCCCAUAUAGAGGGCGACGAAAAAAGUACCUCAGACCAUGCAAGACCCCAAACGACAAAUGUCAUCGCGCCCGCCGGACCGGAUGCCCUGUCCGCUCUCAGGGAUCGAAUUGAACCACACUUGCUCUCGCUUCUCCCAGGCUAUCGCUCCUUGGACCUUUCAACGCAUAGCAAGCCUACAGAAUACGCCCGACUACGUUUACUUCUUGGCGACUACGGCAUACACGACAUGGCGAAGUGGGGAAACCCAGUCUGGGCAUAUCUGAAACCUAGCUCGAACUCCGCCAUCGGUCCAGAUAUGAUUAUGGAAGUGGAAAACAUCUACGGCAACCUCGAAAAGGUCGUUUGGGAGGAUGAUAUCGAAACUUGCAGAGUCAAUCUUCUUCCCGUCUUCAAGGAAGCUAGCAGCCAAGCACAGCUGUAUGCGAUCAUCAAGUACUACUUCCUCCUUGCUGCUGAAGCUUCGUAUCAUGGCUUCGAGCACCAUUUCAUCCCCAUCGAUCAGACAUUCGUCCAUAAUCUGAAAGCGGUGUGCGAGGAGUGGGGCACCCGACUUUCGUCCCCUGGGGAAUCAGACAUUUGCGUGUACGAAGACGAAGUCCAGUCUCCGCAGCGUAGGCCCAAGACUCCAGAACACCGCGGUAGACCCGGAUAUGCCGACCGCGCUGGUAUGGCAAGGGCGGUGUCAAGAUCUAGCUCGAACUACGAAGACUAUGAUGAUGCAUUGGCUAGUGAAGAGGAGACUGAGUUUGACGAGCCAAAGUCUCGCAGGCAUCAAUCAGUGGGCGCUGGGAGUUUAGCACGUCGCGCAACUAGGGCUUCCAUGACCAAGUCGGCAAAUGCCUUCGAUGACGACAAUGAUGAAGUCGUGUCCGAACUUUCCAAUACCUCCAAAAAGGCUGGCAGGCUUAUGCGCCGUACCGUUCCUUCGGAAACAAACUCCAGUAGUUUUCGGGGCGGUUCGACCAUCGUUCUGGGCUCUGCUCAAUCGGAAGUGUUGGGUGUUGCCGCCAGAUCUAGCUCAGGCAGACCGAUGCAUGAGGACGAAGCAUCUCAGACCGACACCGCUUCUAACGGGUCAGAGAAAGAGAACAACGCGCCUGACGAAUCUCUGCAUGAAGUUGUCUGCGAGCACAUGCACCGUUCGCUCCUCCAAGAUGGUUUUCCAGACAGACCUCUCAAUGCGCUGAGUCGCCGUCCUCUUUCCACUCUCGCCGAUCAUCCCAGCGAUCCCAGCAAACAGCGGAAAACCGCCAUCAGAAAGAUCAAGAAGAAAGUCGCUGAGGCACAAAGACAAACGAAUCAUUCCGUCGCUGCUAUCACGCAUCUGCUGCACAUGCUGCAGGAUGCUGUCGCCGAGAAUAGCAGACGAAUGGAUUACAUCAGGGAUAUGCUGAAUGAACUUGCAGAGCAGCAGCAACAAAGCGAGUCUUCAGCGGAGGAGCCUUCAGAAGAGGAUUCUGAGUCGACCUAG